AUGGGUACUUUGACACGAAUCGUAUUUUUGUCACAGCCGUCUCUUCUGAAACUCUAUGAAGUGAUAAAAGAUAUCGAAAAAAGAAAUGCAACGAAUAUAUACAUGUGCGAUGAAACAGACAAAACUGAAAAUUGGAACAUAUAUUGUAGCGGUUCAAUUGUUGCAGCGAUGGAUCUGCACCAGCUUGAAACAGAUUCAAAGACAUUUGUUGACAGACCCAUGAAAGAUGACCCAGAAGUUGUUUUAAAAGAAUUUAAAAAAGAAUUCGGAGGAAUCCCGCUAAAAGAUAUGAAUGUGCGGAAACUCAUAGAUUUUCGAAAACGUUUUUUUGGCGAGCCCGGAACGGAAUUGAAUAGUUGUUUCAUUCCGGAAUGGAAGGAAUUGCCACCGAAAAUAGCUCGGAUAAGAGAUAAAACAUUGAGAUUUUUUGCGGUCGUUAAAAUCGAAAAUCCGAACCGGAAUUCUUUGAUCGAAGUACCCUAUCCAUUUAUUGUGUCAGGCGGUCGAUUCAAGGAAUUUUACUAUUGGGAUACAUAUUGGAUUGUGAAAGGUUUGAUUGCGAGUGACCUCCACAUAAUGCACUGUAUUGCUCGAUUUGGUUUUGUACCGAAUGGCGGACGUGUUUAUUAUUUGAGGCGUUCAAAUCCGCCGUUUCUUAUCCCAAUGGUAUAUGAAUAUUAUAAGGCUACAGGAGAUAUUACCUUUCUUAAAGAAAAUUUCGGCCAUCUUGUGAAAGAGUAUGAAUUUUGGGUUCAGAAGAGGUCAAUGAAAAUAAAAGAUAAGAAAGGCUAUGAACAUGUUGUAUAUCAAUACCGUACUACGUCGAACAUACCUCGUCCGGAAUCAUUCCGAGUUGAUCUUCAGGCUGCUGUAGAAGUGAAAGAAAAUAAAAGACAAAAAUUCUUUCAGGAUAUUGCGUCAGCGACGGAAUCCGGUUGGGACUUUUCGUCGCGGUGGUUUGGUGAUCGACGGAGAAUGAAAACGAUUGAAACGACUAAUAUUUUACCAGUCGAUCUGAAUGCAUUACUUUGUUGGAAUGUUAAUAUUCUCAAAUAUUUUGCCGAUAUUAUCGGUGAUAAGGAGAAAGCAAAAGAAUUUGAGGAAAGAGGACAAAAUGCUUCGAAAGCCUUAAAUGCCAUAUUUUACAACAACGUGGAAAAGGCUUGGUUCGACUACAAUUUGCGCACCAAAUCGCACAACGUCUUGUUUUACCCCACCGUUGCGAUUCCUUUGUUUACAGGCUGCUACUCAAUGUUGGAUUUCAAUAAAGUAGCUGGAGUUAUUCAUUUUAUGAAGCGAUCACGCGUGUUUGAUUAUCCCGGUGGUAUACCGGCAAGUGUAAACAACAGCGGGCAACAGUGGGAUUUACCGAACGGUUGGCCUCCCACGCAGCAUAUGAUCAUCGAAGGGAUGCGAAGAUCCGGCGACCCGGAGGCCCAGCGGAUGGCAUUCGAACUAGCACGAAAAUGGAUAAUAGCCAAUUAUAAGGUAUAUCAGACAACCAAGAAAAUGUGGGAAAAGAUUGAUGUCGCUCGGACAAUUCCCAAGCCAGGAGUUGGCGGUGAGCAUAUUGUACAGGAUGGUUACGGUUGGACAAAUGGCAUUAUUUUGGACCUUCUUGUUACUUAUUAUGACCGAAUGACUAUUGGAAACACGGAGCAGGAUAUGUCCCCCGGAUCUAUUCGACCUUGUCGUAGUAAAGCAUAUCGCAUCGAUUUCAUUUCGAUUAAACUCAUGGCGUUUCUCGCCAUCACUUUUUGCUUCUUCAAUUUUUAA